CUCUCCAAGUUCCUGAAGGAAGAUUAAAAAGGAUUUUCUUUAAAAUCAAUUGACUUGUUUUCUUUUUGUUUCAUUUAAGAUCAACUAUUUACUUGAUUAAGUUUUUCCAAGAGGUUUCUUAUCAGUGUUAUUUUCCGUUUUAAUUGAUUUCGUUCCUUAUUGAAAAUCCAAAUUUCAUUCUCAUCAAAUCGACUCUUAUCAAAUCGAAUAGUAAAUUAGCUAAAAUAAUUUUAACCUUUCAAUAAAUUAAUUAAUUCUUUUGUUUUUUAUUUCAAGUGAACAGAAAAUUAAUAAUAACAAACAUUUACUUUCUUUACCAUGGAUCUUGGCCAGGAAUCAACACCGUUUCUUUCAUCAAUCAAACAGGAAAAAUUGUCACCAAAUCGACGAGGGACGCUUGUUAACUAUUCCAUUGUUCCGACUUCAAAUGUUUCUACAAAUUCAAUAGGAAUAUCAUCAACAUCAAGUAAUCAAAAAGCUGUUGUGUCCGAAGCCCAGCCUGGAAUUAGUCCCUCUUCGUCGUCACCCGUUUCUGCUUCUAACUGCUUUGUUAGUACAAAUCCAAUUGGUUUCCAAUCUUCGCCAGUUUUCAAUGUUGUUUUACAGUCGAAGUGUGUCAGAUGUUCACAGUUUUCUGAUUUGAAUAAGAGUCUUUUCAGCAAGAUAAGUGAAUUGCAAAGUAAACAUGACGAGGAGAUGAAAGAAUCAAGAACGAAAAUGAAGCGAGAAUUUGAGCAAAAGUUAUUGGAACAUCGAGCUAAUCUGGAAACUAUUACAAAAGAAGCAGAAAAGAAAUUGGACGCACUUAAUUUGGAAUUAAGAUUGCAACUUGUAAAAUCCAAGGAAGAGAAUAUCUCAUUGCAACAAGAAAAUUUAAAAAUUCUUAAAAACUCAGUAUCAGUCGAAAAGUUCAACAAGCUAAAGGAGUUAUACGAUAGAAAGAUGGAAACAUGUUCAUCAAUCGCCGAUUUGGAAACCCUGAAGAUCGUUCACAACAAGGAGAUGAAAGGAUUGGAAGAAAAAUUAGAAAAAGAAUAUGAAAAAAAGCUAAUGGACCAACAAAUUGAUUUGGAGAAAAAGGCAAAAUCUAAAUUGGACCAACUAAGAAAAGAAUUGACGAAAUUUUUGGAUAUUUCCAUAGACACCAAAGCACAACCAGAAAAGGAAAUUGACAAAGAUGAAGAGGUGAUGAUUAUCAAUGAAAGUUUCGCAUCGCAAUCAAACAGAAAGAAGGAAACAAACAAUCCCAUUGUUCUGGAUUGUGAACCCGCUCAGAAGAAACAAAAAUUAUCGAUUCCAUCUAUUCAAUCUCACGCUUCUACCGAUGGGCCAAGAGGAAGUUUACCAUCAAUUGGAAGAGAAUUGGUUGAAUCAGAUGAUAAACUUGGUUACACCGAAAUACCUGAUAAUCAUUGUGCUGUUAGAAUCUGUACAAUAUGUCGAUGGGUAGAAAAAAGUCAUAACAUACACUAUAAGCAUCACUUUAAAAAAGCACACAAUGAGUCGCUUUCAAAAGAAUCAAAUUUCCAAAAGGCCAUCAUGCCUGAUUCCAUCUACUAUACUUUAAAAACCAAAAGCACGAGAAGUCAAAUCUCCGCUGAACAGAUCGACAGCUACAGAAUACCCGAAAACUAUUGUUUCAUGCUUAUCUGUCCUAUUUGUCGAUGGACCAAUAAUACCGACAAUAACAGUUUCCAUGCACAUUGGAAGCAUAAUCACAACUCUACGGAAAUAAAAAGUUCAAUUUUUUUACAAUUUAAAAUAGUGCUUAUAGAAAAAUCGAAAUAUCUACAAUUACGGAAGAGCCAAUACCAAAUAGCUUCCAAUAAACGAAGCGAUAAUUCCACCCCGGAAAAGAAUUCGAAAGAAGGUGCUCCGAAAUCUAUUCUCAAAUCUUUAAAUAAAUCGAAUUCUUGUAACCAAAAAACAGGUAAAAAGAGAUCGUCCCAAGUCCCCAUGAAGACGCGAAAAUCUUUGAGGUUUCAAUUAACUUAACCAAGUCCCGGAGUUCGAUGUUCUCGUUCUAAAGCUCCUUCCAAACUGUUGUAUGGAAGUGAACAAAUCGACGAAGUAAUUAACGGUGUUGAAAUUAAUCUUUAAAAAAUGUCAAGUAAUCAACCUCAAUAAAUAUAAAAAAAUAAUUUACGAAACUUUUAUCGAUUCAAUAAAAUGAUGAUAACGAGAAA